ACGUUGGAGCUGCCAUGAUUGAGAAUCAUCUUCAUCCAUGGCGGUUAUCUUCUCUUUUUUCCUAAUUUUUGGGUUUCUCUCUUUGGAAUCCUCUGAGGCAACUGACACCCUAUUGCCAAACCAAACCAUUAUAGACAAUGGUGAAAAUCUCGUUUCCUUGGGACAAAAUUUUGAGUUGGGAUUUUUCAGUCCUUGGAAUUCUAGCAACCGGUAUGUUGGAAUCUGGUUCAAGAAUAUCUCACCGCAAACGGUUGUUUGGGUGGCCAACAGGAAUAGUCCUCUCACUGAUUCAUCAGGCAGCCUUUCUAUAGCAGCUACUGGGAACAUCUUUAUUGUCGGGAACCAAUCAACUAUCCCCAUUUGGUCUUCUAAUUCAUCCACUCCUAACAAUUUUGUUUUGCAACUUUUGGACACAGGGAAUCUUGUUGUUAAGGAUGCUGAAAGUAGCAGCUUCUUCUGGCAGAGCUUUGAUCAUCCAUGUGACACCAUUAUUCCAGGCAUGAAGUUUGGAUGGAACCUGUUAACAAAUCAGAGCUGGUUCUUGACUUCAUGGAAGAGUCUGGAAGAUCCAUCCAUUGGAGAAUACAACCACAAGCUAGAAAUUCAAGGCCUUCCACAGUUUGUUAUCCGAAGAGGAUCUGAUAUAGUUUACCGGAGUGGUCCUUGGGAUGGUAACCGAUUUGGUCUCUUACAAGUUGAAGAAAAAACAGUCACCAAUUCUUUCUUCAUCGUCAACUCAACUUUUGUCUACUAUUCAUUUGAAGACAAGGGCGACAGGAUUUCAAGAUAUGUAUUAAACCAGUCAGGAUCAAGUCAGCUUCUUACAUGGAAUGCUUGGCGUGGGGAGUGGAUUGCUAUAUUCACUUUGCAGAGAGAUCAGUGUGAUGAAUAUGGCUUCUGUGGUCCUUAUGGCCUUUGCAAUGUGAACAUGGAACCACAUUGCAGAUGCUUAUCAGGGUUUGAUCCAAAAAUACCACGUGACUGGAAUACUUUUGAUUGGUUUGGAGGAUGCAUUCCGAGGACUCCAUUGAAUUGUAGCAAGGAUAAUGGAUAUGGAUUCAAGAAGUUUUCCAUGUUGAAGUUGCCAGACAAUUCACGGUUGUGGUCAAAUAGGACAGAUAUGACUCAAACAGACUGCAAUCAGGCUUGCUUGAGAAACUGUUCCUGUGUAGCUUACGCUAUAACUGAUGUUUGCAGAUGUGUGAUGUGGUUUGGGAGCUUGCUUGACAUGAGAGAGUACAAUAAAGGUGGGAACGAUUUGUAUGUCAAAAUGGAUGCUUCUGAACUUGGAUCUGAAAGCAAGGCCAGAUGGGGGACACUGAUCAUCACCGUCCCUGCAGUUUUAGGGGUCCUGUUGCUGGGUUCAAUAAGCUAUUAUUUGAUAACGGGAUAUAAGAGGAGAAAAGUAAAAAGAGAAAAUGAUCCCGAUCAAGAUGUCCAGCCCACUAUGGGUGAGGAAGAAGUAGACCUGCCUUCAUUUGAUUUGGUUGCUAUUGCAACUGCCACUAACGACUUUUCUGUAGAAAACAAGGUUGGAGAAGGUGGUUUUGGUCAUGUUUACAAGGGAGUGCUCCCAACAGGGAAAGAAAUAGCAGUAAAAAGGCUUGCAAAAGAUUCAGGACAAGGACUUCAAGAGCUCAAGAAUGAGGUUAUCUUCAUUGCAAAACUUCAGCACAGAAAUCUUGUUCGACUCUUGGGUUGUUGUAUCCACCAAGAUGAAAAGAUGCUGGUCUAUGAAUAUAUGCCCAACAGAAGUUUGGACUUGUAUCUAUUCAAUCAAACAUGUGGUGUUUCACUUGACUGGCAGAAGCGCUUUGACAUCAUAGUAGGGAUUGCUAGAGGACUUCUUUAUCUUCAUCGAGACUCAAGGCUGAGAAUCAUUCAUAGGGAUCUUAAAGCUAGCAACAUUCUCUUGGAUAGUGAAAUGAAUCCCAGAAUAUCUGAUUUUGGCUUGGCAAGAAUGUUCAGAGGCGAUCAAUCUGAAGCAAGUACAAAAAGGGUAGUUGGUACAUAUGGUUACAUGCCUCCUGAGUAUGCAAUAGAUGGACUCUUCUCAGUUAAAUCAGAUGUCUUUAGUUUUGGAGUAUUGGUGUUAGAGAUCAUAAGUGGGAAGAGGAACAGAGGAUUUUACCAUCCUGACCAUGACCUUAACCUCAUAGGACAUGCAUCGAAUCUUUGGAAUGAAGACCAGGCAUUGCAGCUGGUGGAUGUUCUCAUUGAGAAAUCAAUUGUCAAAUCCGAGGUUUUGAGGUGCAUACAGGUAGGACUCUUGUGUGUGCAAGAACGUUCUGAAGACAGGCCUUCAAUGUCUUCAGUUUUGUUGAUGCUGGACAGUGAGCAACUUCCAUUGCCACAACCUAAACAACCCGGAUUUUACACAGGUAGGAUCACUAACGAAAGUAACUCUUCAUCAAUUAGAGGGCAAACGCAAUCAAGAAAUGAAGUGACUAUAACAAUGCUACAGGGUAGAUAGAAGCCUUGGUGAUUGAGUAUAUACCUGCAUAUUUUGUCAGUACUCUUUUUCGCAACGAAUGUGUAGCUUCAUACAUUCAACUCUUUCUUGUAAAUCAUUUAAGUUUAAAAUAUAUCUUAAAAGAAAUU